UUGGAAGAGGAGCCUUUGGUGUGGUCUGCAAGGCAAAAUGGCGAGCAAAAGAUGUAGCCAUUAAACAAAUAGAAAGUGAAUCUGAAAGGAAAGCCUUCAUUGUAGAGCUUCGACAACUGUCACGAGUAAACCAUCCCAAUAUUGUGAAGUUAUAUGGAGCCUGUCUAAACCCAGUGUGUCUUGUUAUGGAGUAUGCUGAAGGAGGUUCUCUGUACAAUGUGCUGCAUGGUGCUGAACCUCUGCCUCAUUAUACUGCUGCACAUGCCAUGAGUUGGUGUUUACAGUGUUCCCAAGGAGUGGCGUAUCUCCACAGUAUGAAACCAAAGGCUCUAAUCCACAGAGAUCUGAAACCACCAAAUUUGCUCUUGGUAGCUGGGGGGACAGUUCUAAAAAUCUGUGAUUUUGGUACAGCCUGUGAUAUUCAAACACAUAUGACCAACAAUAAGGGAAGUGCUGCUUGGAUGGCACCUGAAGUUUUUGAAGGUAGCAAUUACAGUGAAAAAUGUGAUGUUUUCAGUUGGGGUAUUAUUCUCUGGGAGGUAAUCACCCGUAGGAAACCUUUUGAUGAGAUUGGUGGUCCAGCUUUCCGCAUAAUGUGGGCAGUUCACAAUGGUACUCGGCCACCACUGAUCAAAAACUUACCUAAACCAAUUGAGAGUUUAAUGACCCGUUGUUGGUCCAAGGAUCCCUCACAACGACCAUCCAUGGAGGAAAUUGUUAAAAUAAUGACACACUUGAUGCGGUACUUUCCAGGAGCUGAUGAACCUCUGCAGUAUCCUUGCCAGUAUUCAGAUGAAGGCCAAAGCAACUCUGCCACUAGUACAGGUUCAUUCAUGGACAUCACUUCGACAAAUACAAGUAACAAGAGUGAUGCUAACAUGGAACCAAGCGACUUCCAAGGAGCUUCUACCAAUGACACUAUUAAACGUUUAGAGUCAAAAUUGGCGCAACAAAUGAAAAAUACAGCCAAACAGCCGGGUGAUCCUGGCCGUUUGAGUUUACCCCCAUCUCGUGGAAGCAGUGUGGAGAGCUUGUCAGAUGUUCGCGCACGACCACAGUCAGCCCUUGUUUCAGGAGAAGCCAAAAGGAUGAGUGCUGACAUGUCUGAAAUAGAAGCAAGAAUAGCUUCCAUUACAGCCUAUUCCAAGCCUAAACGAGGCCAUCGUAAAACUGCUUCAUUUGGCAACAUUCUGGAUGUCCCUGAGAUCAUCAUACCAGCAGGAAACGGACAGCAGAGGCGCAGAUCCAUUCAAGACCUUAGUGUUGCUGGAACAGAGUCCAAUCAGGAGAGUAGAAACAGCAGUAGAUCAUCUAGUCCUAGUGUGAGAAUGAUCACUACCUCGGGACCAACCUCUGAAAAGCCAACUCGUAAUCCAUGGACACCUGAUGACGCAGCUGCUCUUGGAGAUAGCAUAGUCUUUGAGGGCAACACCUUAGUUUCUCUACCACGACUACUCUGUGGCAGGUGCUUUUGGGGUAUGGAGACCAAUGGGUCAGAUAACUCCAUCCCAAUGGCAUAUCUUACAUUAGAUCAUCAGUUACAGCCUCUAGCACCGUGCCCAAACUCCAAAGAAUCUAUGGCUGUGUUUGAACAGCACUGCAAAAUGGCACAAGAAUACAUGAAAGUUCAGACAGAAAUUGCAUUGCUGUUGCAGAGGAAGCAAGAACUAAUAGCAGAACUGGACCAGGAUGAAAAAGACCAGCAAAACACAUCCCGUCUGGUACAAGAACAUAAAAAGCUGUUAGAUGAAAACAAAAGUCUCUCAACUUACUAUCAGCAAUGCAAAAAACAAUUAGAGGUCAUCAGAAAUCAGCAACAGAAACGGCCAGGCACAUCAUGAUUUCCUGGGACCUUUCAAAUGAAAAAUAUGCACAGAAAAGACUGAUAUUUUUUUUAUUGUUGUUAUUAUCCCUUAUUAUGACAACUCAUGAGUGUUAGCUUCUUGGUGUGAUCUGUAUUUGUCUGCUACACUUAACAUCAUUUAAUUUUCUUUUUCCUAUGGUGGACAUCCAGUUCAACAGGUUAAUCAAAUAAGGUGAGAAAACAGUGACUUGAAUUAACCAACAGCCCUCAAUUUAAAGCAAGAACAGUGGCUGUAUGCAUGCUCCUUGUGUGAAGGCUAGCCUAACAAGUGUUAAAGUGGCUGCUAAAUUGUAAGAUCUUGUUUUUAGUUUUUGGUGUUACCUCGAUAAGAGCAAAACAAAAACUUUCCUGUUUAAGAAUGGUUUUGUUCCAGUGUCUCAUCUCAAACUAUUAUAUGACAAUUAUUUUCAGGACUUAAACAUGCAUCAAGCUGCAGAGGUGAUGUUGGCUGACCAGAGUAAUUCAUGAUGCAUUAGUGAUGCCUUUUACCUGUAGACGUAGUGUAUUUUUUCCACGUGCAAAAUGGUAGGCAAAUUGAUGCCAGCAUCCUGGGUUCAGUGCUUGAUAGCCCUGCAUUUUGACUAAUAUAUUUCUUGUAAUCUUGCUUUCAUAAAAUAUUUGAAGUAAAAGGCUGUAUUUUCUUUACUUUCUUGGGGGGAAUGACAUGCAGUUUCAUUUAGUUACUGGGCAAAAGUUAUGAAGGUGAUUCACUGGGCAAAGUUGGUCCCUUGUAUAAAAGAGAGAAAGAAUCAAAAUGUGUGAAAGUGUGUUUCAAACCUUUAAAGCUUUUGUCCCUGUAGCAUCUUUGGAAGGAAAUUCAGAAAGCAAAUUAAUACAAAACUUUAAAUACUU